CCAACGGAAUGCCUAGUAAUGCCGUUGCUAAGCCACCACCUCUGCUCACUCCACAUAUUUCCAAGUCUAAACUCAGCUCUCCUGCCAUCUCUCACUCUGUUAAAAGAAAUAUGAAUGGUGAUGGGGAGAUGGGUCUGAUAGGAGAUACCUUUGAUGAAGCUUUUCUUGGAAGGGAUGGGGAUGGCGGUUUCGAGACUCGGUCUCCCAGUGAUAACUUUGAUGCGUCUGAAGAGGAUCGAGAGGCGGAGGAGCCGCCCAAAAAGAAAAGAUAUCACAGGCACACGCCUCGGCAGAUUCAAGAGCUUGAGGCUUUCUUCAAGGAGUAUCCCCAUCCUGAUGAAAAACAAAGGUCGGAACUAAGUCGCAAACUUGGCUUAGAGUCUAGACAAAUCAAGUUUUGGUUUCAGAACAGGAGAACACAGAUGAAGAUGCAAUUGGAGCGGCAUGAAAAUGUUAUGCUGAAGCAAGAAAAUGAGAAGCUUCAAAUUGAAUAUAAUAAUUUAAGAGCCAUGGAUCCGAUGUGCAACAAUUGUGGUAGGGUAGCCUUGCCUGGUGAGGUAAGCUUUGAGCAGAACCAGCUAAAGAUUGAGAAUGCUCGGUUAAGAGAAGAAUUGUGCCGAGUUUCUUCUUUAACAAGCAAGUUCUUUGUCAAGCCACUAUCGCAAUCUGAUAAUCCCCUAUCCACAAGCUCCAAGUUGGCGCUUGCUGUUGGAAGAAAUGAAAUUUGUGGUUUAGGCAAUGUUGGUGCAACAAUGCCGAUGCCAAAGGGACUUGGACUGGGAGAUAGCAUUUUGAGCACUUCACCUGUAGUUACUUUGAUGAAACCUGAAAUGGGCGUAAUUGAGAAUGAGAUGCAAGUUGAUAGAUCUAUGUUUGUAAAUCUUGCGUUGAUAGCGAUGGAUGAAUUGAUCAAGUUGGCUCAGCCAGAUAGUUCUCUUUGGGUCAAAGGGUUGAAUGGAGGGAAUGAUGUGCUAAACCAUCUGGAGUAUACAAGGACUUUUCGAGGUUGCAUUGGCAUCAAGCCCACUGGCUUUGUAACUGAGGCUACGAGGGAAACUGAUGUAGUCAUCAUCAACAGCUUGUCUCUUGUAGAGACAUUGAUGGAUGCGAAUCGGUGGGUAGAAAUGUUUCCAAGCAUAAUUGCUAGGGCCAGCACUGUUGAUGUGAUAUCAACUGGUCUGAAUGGAAACAAAAAUGGUGCUCUACAAGUGAUGCAUGCAGAGUUUCAAGUUCUCUCACCCUUGGUCCCAAUACGUCCAAUCAAGUUUCUCCGGUUUUGCAAGCAGUAUGCUGAAGGUGUAUGGGCUGUGGUAGAUGUCUCUGUUGAUGCGGGCUCUGAAGGUUCAAAUCUAAAUGCUUGUCGAAGGCUUCCUUCUGGUUAUCUCAUACAAGAUGUGGGAAAUGGUUGCUCCAAGGUAACAUGCGUUGAGCAUUCUGAGUACGAUGAUAAUUAUGUUCACCAACUCUUCCAGCCAUUUGUCAAUUCUGGCAUGGCCUUUGGAGCAAGAAGGUCGCUUGUGUCCCUACAGAGGCAAUGCGAGUCUUUGGCUGUCCUUGUGUCCUCCGAUAUCUCCGGCGAAGAAAACUCAGGGAUAACUUCAGGUGGCAAGAAGAACAUGAUAAGGCUGGCACAGCGCAUGAUUGAUAACUUUUGCAAUGCUGUUUGUGCUUCAAGUGUGCGUAAGUGGGACAAGCUCCGUGUAGGUGAUGUGAGUGAAGACGUGAGAGUCUUGACUAGAAAGAGUAUGAAUGACCCUGGGGAACCAGCCGGUAUUGUGUUGAGUGCGGCAACUUCUGUUUGGCUGCCAGUGGAUCGGCAGAAACUGUUUGAUUUCUUGCGAGAUGAACAAUUGAGGAGCGAGUGGGACAUUUUAUCUCAUGGUGCACCAAUGCAUGAGAUGCUUCAAAUUGCUAAGAGCCGGGACGGUCGCAACUGUGUUCAUCUCCUUCGUGCUGGUGCUAUUGAUGUUGAUGUCACUGAGAAGAGCAUGCUAAUUUUGCAAGAAACAUGGCAUGACAACUCAGGCUCAAUGAUAGUGUAUGCACCAGUUGAAUUGCCUUCAAUAGCCGAAGUGAUGAAUGGUGGGGAUCCUGCUUAUGUGGCCCUCUUGCCUUCAGGGUUUGCUAUCUUGCCGGGCUUUCCAUCCGGUCAUGGAGGAUCACACAAUUGUAAUGGGAUGCCGGGCAAUGGCAAUAUUGAUGAUGAUGCAGUUGGAUCCUUCCUUACUGUUGGAUUUCAAAUUUUGGUGAAUAGGCUUCCAGCCGCUAAGCUGACACUGGAGUCAGUUCAGACUGUCAAUACUCUCAUCGCUUGCACAAUUCAGAAGAUCAAAGCUGCCCUUAAAUUAGCAUAGAUGCAACCGUUUCUAUUUUGUAAAAAAAAAAGGUACUACAUACUAUGAGUGUAGCAGGGAAUGGGUAUGAAAUGAAGAGAGCCAGAGAAGUAGGGUUUCGAGUCAAGAACGAACUUUUUUGCCGUAUUAUAUUUUUUGGUUGUAGGAGGCAGAUGGUUGUGAAGCCUGGUAGGGGAUCUUGGUUUGGGUUUUGACUCGCUCUGACCUGAAAGGUUCUUGGCUCUUGCUUACUGAAUACAGAAUGCUUUUUGUUAUCAUGUAUAGAGACUUAAGAUGGAGCACAAAGUAGACAUUUGUGAAGGGCUCAUAUAGGUCUUUACCAUUAUCAGUUGCCUUAUUGUCUCUGAAUUCUCUUCUAGA